UUGUUUUUACCGAUUAACCAAGGUCAUUUUUGCACUGAACCAGUCACUUCGCUUCCAAGAACGACUUCGCAGAGGACAGGCCCACCUGACCUACUCGACGGACGAUUUAAUCGACCAUUAUAACUGCGGUGAUCUUAAAACAGUUUUAUUCAGCACACAAUCGACACAGAUAUCACCACUAAGUAGCAACUCCACACGUGACCACAACGACCAAAGAAAAGCUAAAGCCAUUGACAAAUACUUCAAGAGCGAGCUUAUUUAUCAACGGAAUAUUCGCAUGGCUCGAAGGGUGGUCGGAUUACUGAGGAAUCAUCCUGAGAAAGACUUCUUUUUUGCAUUUGGCGCAGGGCACUUUCUUGGUAAUCACAGUAUCAUCGAUAUAAUGAAAAAACAAGGAUAUGAUAUCGAAUACGUAUCAUCUACACAGACUUUACCAAGUUACAAGGCCAAGAAAUCGCUGCUGACUAACAAACAGUUUCACCGAAAACAUCGUGGCUGCCGAGGCAGGAGAAUACGAAAACGAUGUAAGAAAUUACGUAAAAAAGUGAAACCUGACUAUAGUAAUGUGCGUUUGAUACAGAAAUCAUCAAAAAGAGUUCCGUCAUCGAAAAGGCCAAGCACAUCUGAUGUACAAGGCUACGCAUUAAAUGGAAAUAACUGGUCAAACAACGCUGCGUCACARCCGCUUGAAUGGACUUCAAAUAUAGUAUUYAUCUUUAUUGUGGCUUUGAACUUUUAUAUUUGCAUCAUAAGAUAGACAGCUGUCAAUCACUGGAGAUGUUGUAUAUUUAAAAAAUCAAAAUAUAGACGGUGAUAGAUGACAUGGGUAUAAUGACGGACGAUACAUGGCCGCAAAGAGACACAUGAAUGAAAUCAAAAACGAACCAUUGUAAUGUAAAUACAUGUCAGAAUACUUUGGAAAAGUUGUCAAAUCCUUUUACACUAAAUUAGAAAGUGAAAUUGAUAUUCAUACGGAAUGUGCAAGCUAUUUGCAGGUUUUUUGUGCCUACAGACAGACAGACUAAAGGUAGUCUGCGAAGAAGACUAAAGCGACCGAUGUGAUGUUUCAAUGAACAGUGUUGAAAAACUGCUGAAUUGGGUUACAAUGCUGAUGAUGAGUGUCAUGGCAUCCAGUGUACUUUUCUAAAAAUGUUUUAUUGCUGUACCAAAAGUAUUCUAUAUUCGGGAUGUCUCGUCGUAUGGUAAUCGUUACAGAGUCGAUUUAGUCGAAACUAUAUCGUAUCGGUAUCGGAAUCUUAUCGCUUCAUCCGUUUCCUGCUUAUGCAAAAUCGACUUAUGCCAACGGAGUCAUUCGCGUAUCGUAACCACGUCGAAAUCGUGAUGUCUCCAGAGUCGGUUUUUGUAUGAGUUGUAAACUUACCACGUCGUAUGUCGUAAGGUAAUCGUAUCGGUAUCGAAACCGUAUCGGUAUCGUAAUGUAUCUAGAGUCGAGCAAAACUGGUAAAACUUACUGCAUAUUUAUCCUGAUAYUCAUUACAAAGUAUUUGGAAACUUGCAAUAUUUUUGGCGUUUCUCAGUUUCAUGAAAAGAGCUUUGUCUAGAGCUCCGAAACUUUGUUGUUUUACAGCCUUUUGCAAAAAUUAUGAGAAUUGUCGAAAUAUCUAAAUAUCAUAAUAUCAAUUGCAUGACGGGUAAUCCCGCGCGAUUCCCUUUGUCCUUUGUCUUUGUAGUUUAGUUUUUUUCGGCGGCGACCGACUUAUCCGUAAUUCUGAACAUUUUCUCGAUGUCAACAAAGAAUUAUUCUAUCAAACCCGCGUGUUCCGGACAAUAUGUGGAUAUGGAUAUUAUGAUAUUUAGAUAUUUAGACAAUUCUCAUAAUUUUUGCAAAAGGCUGUAUAUGAAAAAUAGAAAUUAUAUACAUAUAUAACCGAGUUAGAAUCAACGGGUUUGCGAUGUGUACAACCUUCUGUGAAAAAAUAAAUAACAUUUACUUUUAUUUGUUUA